CUCUCUCUCUCUCUCUCUCUCUCUCUCUCUCUCUCUCUCUCUCAUUUACGAACACACAUAUUAGGGUUUUUAAAGUCGACUAUGAGCCUAUAUUGUUCAAAUAAGAACAAUAAACCAUCGCAAAAGUCCGCAUUGAUAUGAGCUUUGCCAACAUUCUAAGUAGAAUCAGACUUGUUCAAUCAUUUUCCGUCGUGUUUCUUCAUUGGUUCUACUCGGUUUCUUGAACUUUCUUUUUUGUGUAUAUACAUUGGAUUAUUCAAAUAUUAGAGCAAGUUAGAAGUAGCAUGUCAUCAAAGGGUUAUCUAAUGAUGGAUGAGAAGAAGAUGAAGAGGAUGCUAUCGAACCGGGAAUCUGCAAGGAGGUCUAGAAUGAAGAAAGAAAAACACAUGAAGGAUCUAAAUGAGCAAAUCUUUUAUUUCACGAAAAAGAGAGACGAAAUGGUUAUGAAAAUAGAAGGACUUGCGAAAGCGCAUUCUGCCUUGGAAAUGGAGAACAUAGUUUUGAGAACACAGAAACAAGAACUGGCCAAGAGAUUAGACUAUGCAAAGACUGUUUAUGGUUGGUAUGAGUGUGAUGGUGUGUCAGGGUCACCGAUCGGAGUUGUUCAAGAGCCAUGGCUAAGGCCAUUUGAGCAACAACAGCCUUCUAACUCCAUGCCUAGAUUCAUGGGUUUCAUUUCAUCAAAAUAAUUAAUCUUUAUUAAUUAUUUUGCCAUCCAAAAUAUAUAACGUUUGUGUUUAUUUUGAAUUUCUUUUCUAAUUGGAAAUAAAUCAUGCCAACUAGGUUUUGUUUGACUCA